UGGACGUUUCUACUCUGCUCCUGCUUCUCUCUCUUCCACCAAUUACCCCAACUCUCUCUCUAUACAAAUGUAAACAUGCACUGUUGUGUGUAUUUUUUGAUCUCGAGUAUUGUGGAAUCUUGAACAUUGGAGAUGGCUCUUGAUCUGGAAUCUCUAUCAGAGGCAACUUCAGGGGCUAUAGGAUCCCUAUUGAGCACCACCAUCUUGUACCCACUUGACACCUGUAAGACCAAGUACCAAGCCGAGGUUCGGACCCAUGGCCAGCAAAAAUACAGGAACCUAUUGGAUGUCUUAAGGGAAGCAAUAUCUACCCAUCAGGUACUUUCACUGUACCAGGGCCUAGGAACAAAAAACCUGCAAUCCUUCAUUGCACAGUUUGUCUACUUUUAUGGGUACAGCUACUUCAAAAGACUAUAUUUGGUAAGGAGUGGUGCCAAAAGAAUUGGAACGACAGCAAACUUAGUUCUUGCUGCUGCAGCUGGAGCUUGUACUGCCAUUGUAACGCAGCCCCUGGAUACAGCUUCCUCUAGGAUGCAGACAAGCGCCUUUGGUAAAUCCAAAGGGCUUUGGAAGACCCUUGCGGAGUGCACUUGGAGUGAUGCAUUUGAUGGCCUUGGCAUCUCUCUUCUGCUGACCUCAAACCCUGCAAUUCAGUAUACAGUAUUCGAUCAGUUGAAACAAAGACUCUUGAAGGGAAAACACAAUAUAGCCAGGAAUGAUUCGUCCCAAGAAACCCUUUCUGCCUUCUCGGCCUUUUUGUUAGGUGCAAUUUCAAAGAGUAUUGCGACAUUUCUGACAUACCCCGCAAUAAGGUGUAAGGUCAUGAUCCAAGCUGUGGACUCAAAUGAUGAUGGAACUAAGAAAGCUCAGCAAAAAUCCAGAAAAACAGUUCCUGGAGUUAUCUAUGCUAUAUGGAAAAGUGAAGGAGUACCUGGCUUUUUCAAGGGUUUGCAUGCUCAGAUCUUGAAGACUGUUCUGAGCUCAGCACUACUUUUGAUGAUUAAGGAGAAAAUCUCUGCAACUACUUGGGUUCUUAUACUUGCAACCAGAAGGUAUCUAUUGCUCACAAGGGGGAGACAAAAAAGUACUUGAUGUGGGGCUCUUCUAAGUUAGAGAGCAAUUACGUAUGCAUCAGACAUGAAAGAUGCCAAUCCUCUGCAGAGCCGUAUUUCGAGUGAUAGAAAUAAUGCAGUACGGGAAUAUUUUUCUGCAUCAUGUACUGAUUGAAUGUUUACAUUUACGAGUAUUUUCGGGUAUCUUUCUCAGAUCAAAUAUGAGAGCCUCAGACUUUAAUU